AUGGACUCUCAGUACGCCGAAGCGGAGACCGACGCUGAGGAGCUGGCUACAGGCACGAUCCCUGUUGCUGCAGACACCCCACUACUCAGGGAUCGAGCGGAUAGCUUUCAGGACCCUUCCCGUAGGAAAGGUUCAAUCUACUGGCUCCUGCCGGCCUUCCUCUUCAUCGCCUUGGCAUUCGGAGCAAGUCUCGCGCCGCGGAUCAAUCUUUUGAUUAGUUUGGUGUGCAAAGAAUAUCAGCAGGAGCGUUUUGGAUCCAGUUUGUCUGUGAUCAUUGGCGGGAAUAAUGAGGAGUGUAGGAUACCCGAAGUACAAGCAAGGGCUGCUCGGUUGUCACUGACGAUCAAUCUGGUCUCGGCAGCAUUGAGCGCAUACACGACGGCAAGGUAUGGAGCAUGGAGCGACCGAGUCGGAAGGAAGAAGGUGAUCCUUUUAUCGGCGUUCGGAGCUCUGUGCAACGACAUCAUUAUCAUUGCGGUGGCGCGAUACUUUGACAUUCUGGGGACGAAGUUCUUGAUCGUUGGAGCGUUCAUUGACGGUCUCCUUGGCAGUUUCACCACGGGGAUGGCUGCGACGAAUGCGUAUGCAUCAGACUGUACCAAGCCAGACAAGAGAGCUGUGGCCUUUGGGUAUAUCUCAGGAAGUUUAUUCCUCGGGAUUGCCAUCGGACCGGUGGUCGGUGCCUAUCUCAUCAAGGCUUUCGGAGACGUGAUUGUAGUGUUUUAUGCAUCUCUGAUUGUUCAUAUUGCCUACAUCAUAUACGCAUGGGUCGUCCUUCCUGAAUCACUUUCUGAGAGAAGGAUGGCGACUGCUCGGGCCGCGUAUUCGACGUCGAAGAUCCAAGAUGAGGAAGAACGAAGCAGAGUCGGCUCAUUCUGGCAGUAUGUUCGACAUUUGAAUGUCUUCAAGCCGAUCAGCAUAUUCUUUCUUUCAAAAGAAGGUACCUCCGCAAGGCUCAGAAGAAACUUCCUUCUGUUGGCAUACAUUGACAGUGAUAUAGUUGUCUUCAUACUUAACAUGGGAGCCUUUAGUAUUGUUGUCUUGUAUCCGACUUAUGUGUUCGGCUGGCAAGAUCUUGAGCAAGGUUACUAUCUUUCCAUUGUCGGUAGCACCAGAGUUUUCAUCUUGCUAGUCGUUCUCCCUCUGAUCAUGCGAUACUUCCGUUCUGAGACGUCUGACGACAGACAUGGCAGUGGUGCUGAUCGGCUUGAUAUCUGGAUUGUGCGUGCCGCUGCUUUUGUUGAGACAAUUGGGUACGCCUCGAAAGCCCUGGCUGGGAACACAGCACAGUACUACCUGGCAAGUGCGCUGGCAGCAAGUGCUGGUUUUGGAAGUCCUGCGUUGCAAUCGGCAUUGAUCAAGCAUGUACCCAAAGAGAAGACUGGGGAGCUGCUUGGAGCUUUGUCCGUCUUACAAUCGAUAUCCCGUGUCGUGACACCAACGGUGCUGGGGCUUAUCUACUCAUGGACGGUGGGGACAGAUCCGAGAGCUGUUCUGUAUGUGAUGACGGGAGCAAUGUGCUCAGGCUUUAUAUUUUCUUGGUUCGUGAGGGCGGGAUACUCUAAUCCUCUACCGCGGCCGACCAACUCCCGACCUGAAUGA